UUCAUUCUUUAGCCUACUAGAACGGCCUGAACUCCUGGAAGCGCAUGACCCCGCCACGAAUCUUCUCACAUAUAGCAUAGCUCGCCAAUACCGGGAAAAGAGAAGACACAACUUAUAUAAGCAACUCGCUACCAAUCAGAUUUUGUUUGGUGUCUUUUUCCACUGCAAAACUAGGCCUAUAUUUGACUCAACUGAACUUUCACAUCACUCUGUAGGCGCACGGUGACCGUGGUGCGUAAAAGGCCACUUCCAGCGGGUUUUGCUUCAUCGCGGGCUACGGUCUCUUUAUUUGAACACGCACCAGGCAGCUGGAAUGAUAUGACCAUUGGCCAUGUCAAUUUAGCAAAUUUAGACUAUUUUGUUUGUUGACAAAGUCUGAGAACAACGAAAUAUGUUUCCUCUGCCUAUGUUCACCCCGGAGCAAGUGGCUCGGGUGUGCGAGAACCUCGAGGAGACCGGCGACAUCGAGCGCCUUGGGCGGUUCUUAUGGUCCCUGCCUGCCGCUGUCCCUGGCUCCGCGGGGGAGGCUCUCAACCGCCACGAGUCAGUGAUGCGCGCCAGGGCGCUGGUUGCCUUCCACGGAGGAAACUUCGAGGCGCUUUACCAGAUCCUCCAGAGCCACCGCUUUACGCGAGAGUCUCACGCCAAGCUCCAAGAUCUGUGGCUAGAUGCGCACUACCGCGAGGCGGAGCGGCUCCGAGGCCGUGCCCUGGGACCCGUGGAGAAGUACCGCAUCCGCAAGAAGUUCCCACUGCCUCGCACCAUUUGGGACGGCGAGCAGAAGACGCACUGCUUUAAGGUGAGACACCAAGCUGAGAGAACUCGCAGCCUGCUCAGAGAGUGGUACCUCCAGGACCCGUACCCAAACCCGUCCAGGAAACGGCACCUGGCCCAGGCCACGGGACUCACGCCCACACAGGUCGGCAACUGGUUCAAGAACCGACGCCAGAGAGACAGGGCUGCAUCGGCAAAGAACAUACUGCAGCAGGACCCCACCCACCUGCCUUCCGGAAGCUCCCCUGAGGGUUCUGCCCAGGAGCAUCACGCCCACCACCCCCGCCUGCUGGCCGCCUCUCCGCGUCACCCGGGCAGCCCAGAGGCCAGCGACUGCAGCACGAGCACCGACCCCCGGGGCACUGGCACCUCCACCCCAGACCACUACGUUAGCAGCGACAGCGAGUUCGAAUCCUGAGGGUCGGGUCACUGACCACAGCAGGCGAGAGGCUCUCAUUGGUUAAUUAAAUCCUGAAGAGAGAGGCAGUCAUCAGCCAGGAAGGACCGACCCCACAGAUAUAUAGAGACAAUAGACACUGUAGAACUACUAUGUCUGUAGCUUGAGAUUGGACACUUGGACAGGAAGUUCUCUAUGAGAGACUUGAUAUGGACACUUGAUGUGGUUGCUAGUGGACGAAUGGGGAGGGGUGGGGAUUUGGUGAUUAGACCAUCUACAAACACAUGCACUUAAAAUGCACCAUCGCACAUGACUGUAAGGUAAACUGUUACUAAGUACCAUAUGACUGUGCAAAUGACUGCUAUAAAAACCCACUACAAUUCUCUGUUCUGUAGAUUUGGACUACAACGUGGGUAGAAAGCAGUCAGUCAGCAGCGAUAACAUAUUCUAGGACAGCAAUUCUCAGGCACGUUAUUUAUAGAAAGAAUAUAAACAUACAAAGUCGUAGAGUAAUUACUGAGCUUGAAUUAUAAUAUUAUAUGCUUUGAUACUUAAUGGUUUCAACUCAUCGGGGGUCUAUUUUUGAGUAGUCGAUCAUUGAGCGCUAGCUUUAAUCCCAUUUAUUAAUUAGCCCCUUACAAUAACCACUGCCUUCUGUAGGCUGUUGGUUUCCUACAUGAUCAGUCGUUGGUGGACGCAAAACUGCUUGAUUGGAUUGGACAGAUCUGCAUUUCUCUUCAUACACGUCACUGCCUUAAGAAGGAAGUAUAUUGGCAUCACAGCCUCAAUCUUCUAGUCUGGCUAACAUUAGGCACCGUUGCAGACCAUAACUGUCCCUAAAGCUAACACAGCCUAAAAAAAUGGUCUCUAGACAAUCUUGUAAUGCAUGGAUAUAGACAUUACACAUCACUAUACAUGGUGGUUUAAAUGUUUUCCUGUAUUAUGAUCAUGUGACUACUGUAUAACAAUGUUGAUGUGUAUCCAAAACAUCCUCAUUCUAACAUUAUCCAGUUCAAACCUGUUAUAUCCUUUUAGACUGUGGUUGGAGGCAUCAUUCAGUGUGGAAUCCUCUGUGCAGAUUUCACUAGAGAUGUCCUUGCAGGAAUUGCCUGUCAGAGCAAAACAAAAUAAGUGGGAUAAAAAUGAAAUGAAAGCAAGAUUGAUAAAGUGAAGCACAACUUGGUCUUAACUCAUUGAUGUGCCUAUAAACGUUUGAGGGCUGAAUGACCUGUUUAACAUGACCGUUUCAUCUUUAUAUAUUUUUAAUUUAACCAGGAAAAUCAGCUAAGAACGAAUUCUUAUUUACAAUGACGGCCUACCGGGGAACAGUAGGUUAACUGCCUUGUUCAGGGGCAGAACAACAGAUUUUUACCUUGUCCGCUCAGGGAUUCGAUCCAGCAACCACUCGGUUACUAGUCCAACGCUCUAACCCAGGAGUGGGAAAUUCCAGUCCCCGAGGACUUGAUUGGUGUCACAGUUUUGCACCAGCCCCAGCUAACACACCUGACUCAAAUAAUCACUUAAUCAUGAUCUUCAGUUUAGAACGCAAUUUGAUUCAUCAGCUGUGUUUACUAGGGAUGGAGAACAAGUGUGACACCAAUCAAGCCCUCGAGGACUGGAGUUGCCCACCCCUGGUCUAACCACUAGGCUACCUGCCACCCCAUAUGGGCCUACCCAUAUAAAUAUCACCAUACAAUACAUUGUCAUGGGAUUCAUUCAUAGAAAAAUAAGUAUUUUGUAAAAAUGUGUCUGAUGUAUGCAUUUGGAAUAAAUGAAAGUAUUUUUAUCCAAA